AUGAAGGCCAAUUGGCUCGCCGCAGCCGCACUACUGGCUGCUGGCACUGAUGCGGCAGCUGCACCCCAAGUUCCUGGCACUCUCGCGGGCGUCAAGAUCGCGCGCGAUAACGACCUCGCUUAUUCUCCUCCUCACUAUCCCUCGCCAUGGAUGAACCCCAAUGCCCCGGGCUGGGAGGACGCCUACGCUAAGGCCAAGGAGUUUGUUUCUCAACUCACUCUUUUGGAGAAGGUCAACUUGACCACCGGUGUUGGUUGGGAGAAUGAACGUUGUGUAGGAAACGUUGGAUCUAUCCCUCGUAUGGGUAUGCGAGGCCUCUGCCUUCAGGAUGGCCCUCUGGGAAUUCGCUUCUCCGACUACAACAGCGCUUUCCCUGCUGGUCUCACCGCUGGUGCCACCUGGAGCAAAGCCCUCUGGUACGAGCGAGGAAAGUUGAUGGGUACCGAGUUCAAGGAGAAGGGUAUCGACAUUCUCCUCGGUCCUGCUAGUGGUCCUCUCGGUCGUCAUGCUGCUGGUGGACGAAACUGGGAAGGCUUCACUCUCGACCCUUACGCAGCUGGCCAUGCCAUGGCUGAGUCUAUUCGAGGUAUCCAGGAUGCCGGAGUCAUCGCUACCGCUAAGCAUUACAUCGCCAACGAGCAAGAGCACUUCCGCCAGUCCGGCGAGGAAAAGUCUCGCGAGUUCAACAUUUCCGAGUCCCUGUCUUCCAACAUCGAUGACAAGACUAUGCACGAGCUCUACAACUGGCCCUUUGCCGACGCCGUCCACGCUGGUGUUGGCGCUAUCAUGUGCUCCUACAACCAGAUCAACAACUCUUACGGUUGCCAGAACUCCAAGAUGCUCAACGGAAUCCUCAAGGACGAGAUGGGCUUCCAGGGUUUUGUCAUGAGUGAUUGGGCCGCUACCCACUCCGGUGCCGCUGCCGCCGUCGCCGGUCUUGACAUGACCAUGCCCGGAGACACCUCAUUCGACAGCGGUUACAGCUUCUGGGGCGGAAACCUGACUCUCGCUGUUGUCAACGGCACUGUCCCUGCUUGGCGAAUUGACGACAUGGCUACCCGUAUCAUGGCUGCUUUCUUCAAGGUUGGCAAGACCGUUGAGGAUCUCCCCGACAUUAACUUCUCUUCUUGGACCCGAGACGAGGAAGGCUUCCUUCAGACCUACAGCAAGGAGAACCCCGCCAAGGUCAACCACGGAGUCAACGUUAUGCACGACCACAAGCGUCACAUCCGCGAAUCCGCCGCCAAGGGAACUGUCCUUCUCAAGAACACUGACGGUGCUCUCCCUCUCAAGAAGCCCAAGUUCCUUGCUGUCAUUGGCGAAGACGCUGGUUCCAACCCUGCCGGGCCUAACGGUUGCAGCGACCGUGGAUGCGACAACGGUACUCUUGCCAUGUCUUGGGGAUCUGGUACUUCUAACUUCCCUUACUUGAUCACUCCCGACCAAGGUAUCCAGCUCCAGGCUGUUGAGGACGGCACCCGCUACGAGAGCAUCCUAAACAACAACCAGUGGCCCCAGACCCAGGCUCUCGUCAGCCAGCCCAACGUUACCGCUAUCGUUUUCGCCAACGCCAACUCUGGUGAGGGUUACAUUAAUGUCGACGGCAACUACGGUGACCGCAAGAACCUCACUCUCUGGAAGAACGGAGACGAGCUCAUUAAGAAUGUCUCCGCCAUCUGCCCCAACACUAUCGUUGUCCUUCACACCGUUGGCCCUGUCCUCCUGACCGAGUGGCACAACAACCCCAACAUCACCGCUAUCCUCUGGGCCGGUGUCCCCGGACAGGAGUCUGGUAACGCUAUCGCUGAUGUUCUCUACGGAAAGACCAGCCCUGGACGUUCCACCUUCACCUGGGGCCGCACUCGCGAGAGCUACGGUACCGAGGUCCUUUACGAGGCCAACAACGGCGAGGGUGCUCCUCAGGAGACCUUCACUGAGGGUAACUUCAUUGACUACCGCCACUUUGACCGUCGAUCUCCCAGCACCAACGGAAAGCGAGCUUCCAACGACUCUAACGCUCCCCUCUACGAGUUCGGUUUUGGUCUGUCUUGGACCACCUUUGAGUAUUCUGACCUCGAGGUCAAGCGUGUCAGCAACGCCUCCUACAGCCCUCCUGCCGGCGAGACCAUCCCCGCUCCUACCUUCGGUAACUUCAGCACCAACUUGGAAGACUACACUUUCCCCUCCGGUAUCCGAUACCUCUACCGAUUCAUCUACCCUUACCUCAACACCUCUUCUUCCGCCGAAGAGGCUUCCGGUGAUGUCGAGGGUCGCUUCGGUUCCACUGCUGAGGAGUUCCUGCCUCCUAACGCUGUCAACGGUUCCGCUCAGCCCCGUCUUCCCUCUUCUGGUGCUCCCGGUGGUAACCCCCAGCUCUGGGACGUUCUUUACACUGUCACCGCCACCAUCAAGAACACUGGUGACGCCACAUCUGACGAGAUUCCUCAGCUGUACGUCAGCCUUGGUGGUGAGAACGAGCCUGUCCGUGUCCUCCGUGGCUUUGAGCGUCUCGAGAACAUCGCCCCUGGCCAGAGCGCCAAGUUCACCGCUCAGCUCACCCGCCGUGACCUGAGCAACUGGGACGUCAACUCCCAGAACUGGGUGAUCACUGAUCACGCCAAGAAGAUCUGGGUCGGCAGCAGCUCUCGUAACCUGCCUCUCAGCGCGACUCUGUAG